ACGGAGUUUUGAUAAUCGCGGCGCUUGCGACACACGAACGAACCCAAUCUCUGGGUAGUGCUGCUAAAAGGAAACAUCGCGUCGCAGCCAUGUCGGAAGACCGCCUCUGGAAGUUCAGGAAGCCCGAGUGGCUGAACAGCGUGUGGGCGCGCAACGCCGGCGUCUACAGCGCGGGCGGUUUGUUCUCACUCGCCUUCUACGUGCUGCUCGACAGCGCGGUCUGGUCCAAGAGCCCGCUCAAUGGGUCGACGGUGCACGUCACGUUUGUCGACUGGCUGCCGUUCAUCUUCAGCAGCCUGGGCAUGCUCAUCAUCAACAGCGUCGAGAAGACGCGGCUGUCGGCCGACAGCUUCAGCUACUCGGGGUCGGGCGUCGCCUGGAAGGCCCGCGUCGUCCUCUUCCUCGGCUUCGCCGCCCUCGCCGGCGGCAUGGCCGGCGGCGUCACCGUCUUCGUCCUGAAAUACGUCGUCCCCAAUGUCCCCUGGCCCAUGCUCCGCAUGGGUGUCGAGAACGUGGUCGCGAAUGCCCUGGUCGGGCUAAGCUCCGUCGUGCUAUGGAUCAGCCAGAACAUGGAGGACGAAUACGCCUACAACUUGGCUCUGUGAGGGUGGCGGCCUAGACUGGAGGCAGAGAGUAUUCAGGCGGGGGGGGCAAGUUGUCGGUUCUUUUUCGCGAAGGGUUCGCGGGCUCUGGUU